AUGGACGAUGACGAGAUUCUCGAGGAUAUCAGCUAUCUCACUGGUCGCGGUUUGGAUGGCUAUCGUCCACUCCAGCGUGCCGUGCAGGAAGCAGAGGGCGCUCCGUGGAUCGCGCGGAUCCAUCUGAAUAGCGCCGUGAUGACCGGCAACAUCACCACCCUGAGAUAUUUGGUGGACGAGGUCGGCGUCAAGACACUGAACACCGAGAGAAAAG